GAAUCGCGUGAGCAUCGCAUCGAAUCGCAUCGCGUCGUUUACACAUCAUACCUUGCUUCACCUCAUGUGCAUGUACAUACGACCUCUCGCGGCGAGCAAUGCGAUGCGCAGGCAAAGCUGUCAGUCGCGACGUCCGUCUUGUGCGUGCCCUCGUAUCGGACUUCUUCUACCCUGGCGUGGGAGGGGUAGAGGGCCACAUGCUAGCGAUUGGACGAGAACUCGUCGCAAGAGGACACACGGUGAUCGUAAUCACCCACGCCUACGCCCCGGAUCGCACAGGCAUCCGCCACCUAUCCGUCUCCUCUCCCACAACCUCCGAGCCGCAAGUCCGCACUCUCAAGAUCUACCAUCUCCCUCUCCUCCCAGUCCCUGGAACCCAAGCCACCCUACCCCAAUUCUUCGCCUCGCACCCACUCAUCCGCACCAUCCUCCUACGAGAAAGGGUCCAACUCCUUCACGCGCAUCAGGCACUCAGCUCCCUCGCUCACGAAGCCCUUCUUCACGCACGAUGCUUGCCCCUGCACGCUGGUGGGCAGCAAGUGAGAGCAGUAUUUACGGACCACUCCCUCUUCGACUUGCAAGGGGAUGCGGCUUCCGUUCUUACGAAUAGGCUACUCCGCUUCGCCUUGGGGGAGGCGGAUCGAGUGGUUUGUGUGAGUUAUACGGGGAAGGAGAAUACGAGUCUAAGGGCGAGACUGGAGGGGGAGAAGGUGGCUGUCAUUCCUAAUGCGGUGGAUGCGGGGCAUUUCUACCCGGAUGUGACAACAACGCGAUCGAGAGAGAGGGGAAGCCGCAUCACCAUCGUGAUCCUCUCCCGGCUCACUCAUAGAAAGGGGGUCUCCCUCCUCACACGUCUGAUCCCCUCCAUCUGUCGGCGACACCCAGAUGUGGACUUCCUGAUCGGAGGGGACGGGCCUGGUCGAGUGGUGCUCGAGCAGAUGAGGGAGAAGAUGAACACAGUCGCCCUUACCACCGAAGAUACCGCAUUACCGCAUCAGCUCGAGCGAGUACGCCUGGUGGGGAACGUCCUCGGCCCAACAGCGGUAAGGGAGCAUCUUCAAUCGGGACAACUCUUCCUCUCCGCCUCUCUGACCGAGGCCUUUGGCACCACUCUGGUGGAAGCGGCAGCCUGUGGGUUGCUCUGCGUUGCUACUCCCGUCGGGGGAGUGCCGGAGGUACUGCCUCAGCCUGGCCGGAUGAUCUUGGCGGAGAGGGCAGAGUGGCGUAGUUUGAGGGAUGCGCUUGAAGUCGGGUUGGAGAGGGUACGUGCCCAGCAGAGGGGCGAGGAGAAGGAGAUGGUCGAGGACGAAGAGGAUGACGAAGCAAGCCUGCGCAGCACCUAUACGUGGCCACGCGUUGUCAAUCGCCUGGAGCGGGUGUACCUCGAAGCUCUCGCUCAGCCGCCUGUCACCACGCUGGAUCGUCUCAAGCGCGUCUGGGAGAAAGACGCCGAUGCUAGGGGAGGGAGCUUUGGUGCUCUGGUAUUCUGCAUCGUCUUGGCGACGGAUGUGGUGUUUAGCUGUUUUUUGGAGUGGUUCUGGCCGGGUGAGGAGAUUGAAAAGGUGUGGAGCGACGAGGGGUCAGGUGAACAGGAGAGCGAGAAUGAAGGUAGCGAGGAGGGACAAGCAGAGGUGGAGAGCGAGGACGAUUACGGCGACUCAUAGAGCAUUUUUGCCGUGCUUGCAAUUGUAUACCCACCGCAUCAUCGCCUUAUCA